UGAGUGAUCAAAGAGCUGCUUCUGAUAAAACCAUGAAUUCUGAGCUUUACUGGGCUGCAAGAAAUGGUGAUACUACCCUGUUAAAGCUACCAUACACCCCUAGUAUAGAUCAGCAAGCAACGAGGCCAACAUUGAACACAGCCCUUCAUAUUGCUCUGUACCAUGACGAUGGACAUGCCAAGUUUGUGAAAGAGCUCUACCAUCAGUUUCCGUUGCUCCUCACACAGCCAAACUCCGACGGCGACACUCCGCUGCAUUUCGUGGCGAGGAGGACUGGAAAUGAAGAAAUAGCUAAAUUUCUUAUCUCAAGAAUAAGACCAGAUGAUCAAGAUAUUGAAUGUGCAAGUGCAAUUGAGAAGCUUAGAAUGAGAAACAAAGAUAAUUUCAUGCCUUUGCAUGAAGCUGUUCGAAACAACAAUCUUCCAGUGGCUAAGUUGCUGACUCAGGCUGACCCUAAUUGGUCAUCUUACGACAACGAUUCUGACAAAUCUCUCCUAUACUUAGCUGCUCGAACUGGAGAGCCAGAUAUGGUGAAGUUGAUCUUAGAAAAGCCAGCAGCUUAUGGUGGCCCUAAAGGCGAGAAAGCCUUGUAUGAAGCUGCUGCCAGGAAACAUUUUGAUAUCGUGGAAGAAAUUACAAACAAGAAAAUACAACUCAACAAAGGGGCAGACGAAUGUGGAAAAACUCCUCUCCACUAUGCAGCAGAAUUCGGGGAAGAUUGGAUAGUAGAGAAGUUGAUAAAGAAAUACCCAUCCAGUGCAUAUAUGUUGGACGAAAAUGGUCACUCUCCACUUCACAUUGCAGCAUCGAAAUUCAAACUUGAAGUAGUGAAAAAGCUGAUUAAACAUUGCCCAGAUAGUAUGGAGCAGCUAAGCCAGAAAGGAGAAUCCAUUCUUCAUUUUGCAGUGAAGAGUGAAAGGUUGAGAAUGGUGAUCUAUGUUGUGGAUAUAUUGGGUCUUGAAAGAUUGCUUAACAAACCAGAUAUGUAUGGAAAUACACCUUUCCAUGUAUCUGCUAAUCUCACUUGUUCCAGGAUAUUUUUUUAUUUGGCAUUCGAUGCAAGGCAAGAUCCAUGGGCACUGAACAAUGAACAGCAGACAGCUUUUGAUAUUCAAGACCAGCAACCUCGAAACUCAGUAUUUUCCACGCUGUCGAACAUGUGGGUAAAAUUUAUAGGACGACAGAGUUGGAGAGUAUGGAUAAAGAAGCUUGAGAAAGAAGAGCAAGAGACUUCAACAAUGAUUGAAUCAUACAAGCAAAUGGCAAACACUUUAGGGACAGUUGCAACACUCAUUACCACUGUUACCUUUGCAUCUGCUUUACAAGUACCUGGUGGGUUCACUAGUAGUGGAGAUAACUCACUCCCUGGAAUGGCUACUCUUGCAGCAGACCCAUUCUUUGAAGAUUUUAUGAUAGCUGAUACCAUAGCUAUGGGACUCUCCUUAACAGCUAUGUUUCUCAUACUCUUUGGGACCUAUUUUAAUAACAAGAAAUUUAUACUUUUUAUGGAAGCUGCCAGAAUCUUGACAUUCUUAUCAUUUCUGUCGACUGGAAUGGCUUUUAUGGAAGGUGUGGCUGCAGUGUUGCCAGGUGGUGAUCUCAAAAAUCUAAUCACUCGUGGAUAUGGGAUUGCAGUAUGGUGCCCAUAUAUUUUUGCAAUUAUUGGGUUUCUCAUAUUUGUUUACCCUUUAGUGGUUCCUACUGCUAUCUUUGUUUACCAAUCAACACCCCAUCAUCUUAGACAACGGCCUUGGUUUUCUAAAUUUACUUGGUGUAUUUGUUGUUUUUACCGAUGAUGUAUUAUGUACUAAUAAAUGACUUCUAC